UCUGAAAUAGUCAGUCCUACAAUUCAGUUCACUUUUUGGCCUCAAUUAUGUCUAAAUUUUAGCCUAACACAAAAAUAAAAUUAUAGCCGAAUUUUCCAAAUUACAGUUUUUUUUUCUUUUAACAAAAUUAUCUCUUAAUAAAUUCAACAUGUCUUUAUACCGGUUCUCAUCCAUCCAUCUGCGUAAACCCGUUUUAAGGGGACUAUCCUACCUGACGGACUGCAUGGACCGAACUCACUUGCCGAGUUCGCUUAGUAGCAUGCAACGAAUGCCAUUCAGUAAGUCGGCAGACUCGGAAUCCUCAGACGAUCCAAACAAGGGUGGCUGUGAAGAAAUACUGAAAAAAGAGAAAGAAGAAGCCGCCAAUAAAAAGAAGGACGAAGAAAAGUUACAAUUGCUGGAGAAGCAAUGCUUGGAGGCUCAAAAGAAAGCUUUGGAUCAGGAAAUGCAGUGUGCGGACAAAAAAGAUCAAAAGUUGAUGCAAAGCAUGAUGUCCUGUCUGACAGAGAGCAUGAAAAAGGCUUGCAAAAGAAUUGCCCAAAAGAAAUUCGGGGAAGAAAAAGCACUUGAAGCCCAGUGCUCGGAACUUGCUAAGAAUGAUAAAGUUAAAGGGUUAAUGAGUAAGUGUGAGGCGGACAAUAAGGACGGUGACGCGCAGGCCAAGGAUGGCCAGCCCAAGGAUGGCCAGUCCAAGGAUGCGCAACCAAAGGAUGAUGGAUGCUCUGGACAGAAAGAUCCAAUUGAAGAAAUUUGUUCUUCCUUGAACAAACCCGCUGAAAACACAGAUAAGGCCAAAAAUCGGUUUACAUUGAAAUUGGAAAAGUGCAUCAAGGGCGAAUGGGCCGAUGUUUGUCAGUGUCGAAGUAAGUUUACUAAACAAGAGAAGGAAAAACUUGCGCAAUCUCACAAAUGUCUUGAGGCUGAAUUUAAGAAAGUCUGCAGAAAGAAGGUCUUAAAAGAAAUGUGUGAAGAAUCUGGACAAGGAAAAGAGAACAAACGUGCCAAAAAAGAAGCAGAGAAACCAGAGCAACCGCCAAAAAUGGAUAAAGAAUUAGAAAAACUGAUGAUGAAGGAAAAAAGUGAAGAAGAAGCUAAUAUAAGGCGUGAGGUGCAGGAACUGAAAAAAAAAUGUAUGGAAGAUGCUGAGAAGAAAAAAUGCGCAGAUAUGGCCAAAAAAGAUGCAGAAGAGGCUCAAAAGAAAAAGUGCGCUGAGGCGGCUCAAAAAGAAAAGGAAGCUGCUGAGAAGAAGAAAUGCGCUGAGGCGGCUCAGAAAGAAAAGGAAGCUGCUGAGAAAAAGAAAUGCGCUGAGGCGGCUCAGAAAGAAAAGGAAGCGGCUGAGAAGAAGAAAUGCGCAGAUGCUGCCAAAAAAGAAGCAGAAGCGGCUCAAAAGAAGAAGUGCGCUGAGGCGGCCCAGAAAGAGAAAGAAGCUGCUGAGAAGAAGAAAUGCGCUGAGGCGGCUCAGAAAGAGAAAGAAGCGGCUGAGAAAAAGAAAUGCGCAGAUGCCGCUAAAAAGGAAAAGGAAGCGGCUGAAAAGAAAAAGUGCGCUGAUGCUGCCAAAAAAGAAGCAGAAGCGGCUCAAAAGAAAAAGUGCGCUGAGGCGGCUCAAAAAGAAAAGGAAGCGGCUGAGAAGAAAAAAUGCGCAGAUGCCGCUAAAAAGGAGAAGGAAGCGGCUGAAAAAAAGAAGUGCGCUGAUGCUGCCAAAAAAGAAGCAGAAGCGGCUCAAAAGAAGAAGUGCGCUGAGGCGGCCCAGAAAGAGAAAGAAGCUGCUGAGAAGAAGAAAUGCGCUGAGGCGGCUCAGAAAGAGAAAGAAGCGGCUGAGAAAAAGAAAUGCGCAGAUGCCGCUAAAAAGGAAAAGGAAGCGGCUGAAAAGAAAAAGUGCGCUGAUGCUGCCAAAAAAGAAGCAGAAGCGGCUCAAAAGAAAAAGUGCGCUGAGGCUGCCCAGAAAGAGAAGGAAGCAGCUGAAAAGAAAAAAUGCGCAGAUGCCGCUAAAAAGGAAAAGGAAGCGGCUGAAAAGAAAAAGUGCGCUGAGGCGGCUCAGAAAGAAAAGGAAGCGGCUGAGAAGAAGAAAUGCGCAGAGGCUGCUCAAAAGGAGAAGGAAGCGGCUGAGAAAAAGAAAUGCGCUGAUGCUGCUAAAAAAGAAGCAGAAGCGGCUCAAAAGAAAAAGUGCGCUGAGGCGGCCCAGAAAGAGAAAGAAGCUGCUGAGAAAAAGAAAUGCGCCGAGGCGGCUCAGAAAGAAAAGGAAGCGGCCGAAAAGAAAAAGUGCGCUGAUGCUGCCAAAAAAGAAGCAGAGGCGGCUCAAAAGAAAAAGUGCGCUGAGGCGGCUCAGAAAGAGAAAGAAGCUGCUGAGAAGAAGAAAUGCGCUGAGGCGGCUCAGAAAGAGAAAGAAGCGGCUGAGAAAAAGAAAUGCGCAGAUGCCGCUAAAAAGGAAAAGGAAGCGGCUGAAAAGAAAAAGUGCGCUGAUGCUGCCAAAAAAGAAGCAGAGGCGGCUCAAAAGAAAAAGUGCGCUGAGGCGGCUCAGAAAGAGAAAGAAGCUGCUGAGAAGAAGAAAUGCGCUGAGGCAGCUCAGAAAGAAAAGGAGGCGGCUGAGAAAAAGAAAUGCGCUGAUGCUGCUAAAAAAGAAGCGGAAGAGGCUCAAAAGAAGAAGUGCGCUGAAGCGGCUCAGAAAGAGAAAGAAGCUGCUGAGAAGAAGAAAUGCGCUGAGGCAGCUCAGAAAGAAAAGGAAGCUGCUGAGAAAAAGAAAUGCGCUGAUGCUGCUAAAAAAGAAGCAGAAGCAGCUCAAAAGAAAAAGUGCGCUGAGGCGGCUCAGAAAGAGAAAGAAGCUGCUGAAAAGAAGAAAUGCGCUGAGGCAGCUCAGAAAGAAAAGGAAGCGGCUGAGAAAAAGAAAUGCGCAGAAGCUGCUAAAAAAGAGCAAGAGGCAGCUCUGAAGAAGAAAUGUGCUGAUGCUGCUAAAAAAGAGGCUGAGGCGGCUCAAAAGAAAAAGUGCGCUGAAGCGGCUCAGAAAGAAAAGGAAGCGGCUGAGAAGAAGAAAUGCGCUGAUGCUGCUAAAAAAGAAGCAGAAGAGGCUCAAAAGAAAAAGUGCGCUGAGGCGGCUCAGAAAGAGAAAGAAGCUGCUGAGAAGAAGAAAUGCGCUGAGGCAGCUCAGAAAGAAAAGGAGGCGGCUGAGAAGAAGAAAUGCGCUGAUGCUGCUAAAAAAGAAGCGGAAGAGGCUCAAAAGAAAAAGUGCGCUGAGGCGGCUCAGAAAGAGAAAGAAGCGGCUGAGAAGAAGAAAUGCGCCGAGGCUGCUCAGAAAGAAAAGGAGGCGGCUGAGAAAAAGAAAUGCGCUGAUGCUGCUAAAAAAGAAGCGGAAGAGGCUCAAAAGAAAAAGUGCGCUGAGGCGGCUCAGAAAGAGAAAGAAGCUGCUGAAAAGAAGAAAUGCGCUGAGGCGGCUCAGAAAGAAAAGGAAGCGGCUGAGAAGAAGAAAUGCGCUGAGGCGGCUCAAAAGGAGAAGGAAGCGGCUGAGAAGAAGAAAUGCGCUGAUGCUGCUAAAAAAGAAGCAGAAGAGGCUCAAAAGAAAAAGUGCGCUGAGGCGGCUCAGAAAGAGAAAGAAGCUGCUGAAAAGAAGAAAUGCGCUGAGGCGGCUCAGAAAGAAAAGGAAGCCGCUGAGAAAAAGAAGUGCGCAGAUGCCGCUAAAAAGGAGAAGGAAGCGGCUGAAAAGAAGAAGUGCGCAGAUGCCGCUAAAAAGGAGAAGGAAGCGGCUGAAAAGAAGAAGUGCGCAGAUGCCGCUAAAAAGGAGAAGGAAGCGGCUGAAAAGAAGAAGUGCGCAGAUGCCGCUAAAAAGGAGAAGGAAGCGGCUGAAAAGAAGAAGUGCGCAGAUGCCGCUAAAAAGGAGAAGGAAGCGGCUGAAAAGAAGAAAUGCGCAGAUGCUGCUAAAAAAGAGAAAGAAGCUGCUGAAAAGAAAAAGUGUGAAUCCCAAAAGAAUGGAAAAGAAGAAGCUCUUAAGAAUACGUGUAAAGAGGCUGCUUUAAAAAACAAAAAAAAGAUGGAAGAUCUUAAAAAGAAACGUAACCAAGAAGCUCUUAAGAAAAAGUGCAAAGAGGACGCUCAAAAGAAAAAAGAGGCAGCACAGAAGAAAAAGUGUGCAGAGGCAGCUAAAAAAGAGAAAGAAGCUGCUGAGAAGAAAAAGUGUGCAGAUGCGGCUAAAAGUUCUGAUAAGGAGGCUCCAAAAAAGUAGUGUAAGUUUACGUCAGCCAAGUGCAUAAGGAAUAAAAAAGAAAAAGGACCACUUGUCCUAAACAUCAUCGGUAAAGAACAAGACAAAAUAAUUUUUAAAAACGGCAUACAGAGAAAACUACGUGAAACAGGCUCCUAGAAAAUGUAAAAAUGUAUUAAUCCUGCCUUCACGCCACGGGAGUAUUUGUAAAUAAAAUUUAUUUAAACCUUUAA